AUGACACCGGUUAAUGGUACCACAAUUGCAAUACAGAGUCCAAGUUCACAUGACCUGCAAAUUUAUGGGAUUGUUGUGACUAUUGUGUUAUGCUUUAUUGUAUUUGGAGGAGUGAAGAUGAUAAAUCGGGUUGCACCUGCAUUUCUUAUACCUGUUUUAUUCUCACUCGUCUGCAUAUAUUUGGGAAUUCUGUUGGCAAAGGAGGAUCAUCCCACAGAGGGAAUUACUGGGUUGAGUUUGAAGACUAUUAAAGAAAAUUGGAGCUCAGAUUAUCAAAAGACUAAUGAUGCUGGAAUUCCAGAUCCCAAUGGUUCUGUAACCUGGAAUUUCAAUUCUUUGGUGGGCCUUUUUUUCCCAGCAGUGACAGGAAUAAUGGCAGGUUCUAACCGAUCAUCUUCUCUGAGAGAUACUCAACGAUCUAUUCCUGUGGGAACUUUAUCUGCAACUCUUGUAACUUCUAUUAUGUAUCUUAUUUCUGUGAUAAUGUUUGGCGCCAUUGCCACCAGAGAGAAGCUUUUAACUGACAGGUUGCUUUCAGCUACAGUUGCCUGGCCUUUUCCUUCAUUAAUUAAAAUUGGGAUUAUUCUUUCAACCAUGGGUGCUGCUCUUCAGAGCCUGACCGGCGCCCCACGUCUGCUUGCAGCUAUAGCCAAUGAUGAUAUUUUACCUAUUCUAAACUACUUUAAAGUCGCAGAUGGUAGCGAGCCACAUGUUGCUACCCUUUUUACUGCUUUCCUAUGUAUUGGGUGUGUCAUCAUUGGGAAUCUGGAUCUUAUCACUCCAACUGUGACCAUGUUUUUCCUUUUGUGUUAUUCUGGUGUCAACUUGUCCUGCUUCCUUCUCGAUUUACUAGAUGCUCCUAGUUGGCGUCCUCGGUGGAAAUUUCAUCAUUGGAGUUUGUCACUUCUAGGAGCAUUACUUUGUGUAGUGAUCAUGUUCCUAAUCUCUUGGUCAUUCACUGUGGUUUCUUUGGCCCUUGCAAGUCUUAUAUAUAAGUACGUGAGCAUCAAAGGAAAAGCUGGGGACUGGGGAGACGGUUUCAAAAGCGCUUAUUUCCAACUUGCACUUCGUAGCCUUCGGUCGCUAGGAGCAAAUCAAGUGCACCCAAAGAAUUGGUAUCCAAUUCCGCUAGUGUUUUGUCGGCCCUGGGGAAAGCUGCCCGAAAAUGUUCCCUGUCAUCCCAAACUUGCCGACUUCGCUAACUGUAUGAAGAAGAAAGGUCGAGGAAUGACUAUAUUUGUCUCCAUACUAGACGGGGAUUACCAUGAAUGCGCUGAAGAUGCCAAGACAGCUUGUAAACAACUUAGUACCUACAUUGAGUACAAGAAUUGUGAAGGUGUGGCCGAGAUUGUUGUAGCUCCUAACAUGUCUGUAGGUUUUCGUGGCAUUGUUCAGACAAUGGGCCUUGGCAACCUCAAACCGAACAUCGUGGUGAUGCGUUAUCCAGAAAUCUGGCGCCGGGAGAACUUAACAGAUAUCCCUGCCACCUUUGUUGGUAUAAUUAAUGACUGCAUUGUUGCAAACAAAGCAGUAGUUAUAGUGAAGGGUCUUGAUGAAUGGCCAAACGUGUACCAGAAGCAAUACGGUACAAUUGACUUGUAUUGGAUUGUUUUCUGUAUUGCAGAAGAGGAUGCAGAUGCAGAGGGGCUGAAAGCUGAUGUUAAAAAAUUCCUUUACGAUCUUCGGAUGCAUGCAGAAGUCUUUGUCAUAACAAUGAAAUGGGAUGUACAGGUGGAUAGUGGGUCUCCACAAGAUGAAUCAUUAGACGCAUUUACCAGUGCUAAUCAAAGAAUUGUUGAUUAUUUAACCGAAAUGAAGGCAAGAGCAGAGAGAGAAGGUACCUCUCUAAUGGCAGAUGGCAAGCCCGUGGUUGUGAACGAGAAGCAAGUCGAGAAGUUCUUAUACACAACACUUAAGCUCAAUUCCAUAAUUUUGAGAUACUCAAGAAUGGCUGCUGUUGUGUUAGUAAGUCUUCCUCCUCCACCAUUGAGCCACCCAGCAUAUUUCUAUAUGGAGUAUAUGGAUCUGUUGCUGGAGAAUAUACCAAGGAUUUUGAUUGUGAGAGGAUAUCGUAGAGAUGUUGUAACUCUAUUCACAUAG